AGGUAACAAGCACUCAACACCGGGGACCCUCCAUAACGUACUCUAAAAACGACGCACGUCUGCAUUUAUCGACAACAAACCAAUAUACACACGACUGCCACAAUGGACGAAGAGAUUCUCGCCAUCGCCAUCGUUAUGGGCGUCUUCGUGACCUUCCCGCUCGGCGUAGUCCUCUUCACAACGGGCUGCAUCGCAUACUCGCGCACCAAGAAAUGGGAUAAGGAGCGCAACCUUAAGGUGGUUAAUGCCGAGUCAUCUGACCCUCUGAUCGACGACGAAGACGACUUCCUCGACACCGACGAUGAGGAGGAAUACGCCACCAAGAAGGCCGAGGAGGAGAACGACCGGGCCCUCACCUUCAAGCAGAAGUUCCGCAAGGAGUUCCGCGCUGUCUGGUCUGGAAAGGCCAGGGAGCAGAUCGUCAAGGAGAGGGAGCGUGAGGAGAGGAAGAAGCUAGCUGAGGCUGUGGCUAAGGAGUUGGAGCGUCGCGAGAGGAGGCGCACACGGAAGGCUGAGAGGCAGGCGGGCUUAGAGACUGCGCCGCCUAGCUACAAGAACUAGAUGGUGGUGAUAAGGGUCAAGCUGAAGCCAGCUGUGAUAUGCGUAUGAUGGAAUUUUCCUUUGUAUAAGAUUGAAACACCCUAUUGUUCUAUUUCACACUUAUUUACAACCGAAGUCGCCACUCGUCGGCAUUAUCACAAGCUGCUCUUCGAAGUCUCUCUCUCCUUCAAUGACCUAACCAGUGCAAGUGCCGUGUCCAACCCUCUCUUCGUGUUCUCAAAGUAGAUGUGUGAGAAUUCACUGCUCGCCUGCCCACUCAUCGUCCUUGCCUGGAUUCCAUGACUGAUCGUGCUUCCCUUCAUCAAAUGGAACACCUUCGCAACCUCCCAC